AUGCCCAGAGUAGUACGUUCACCGACCGGCAGCGGCUCACAGCAAACUUCUGAUUCGGACGCUGUUCCUGCUACUAUUGAAUCUGCUCCGUCUUUUGUAUCCCAACGUCACAAAAGACAAAGAGAAUCCAGCGAAGAAAAAUUUUUAACUCUUAAAGAAGAAAUAAAAGCAAUGUUUAUAGAAUCGGAGAAAAAGCAAGAAAGUAUGUUUGAAUCGAAAUUGAAUAAACUCAUAUCAGAAAUUGCGGAUGUAAAGAUGCAGAAUAUGGAAAUUAAGAAGAGCAAUGAAGAUAUGGAGAAAAAUUUUGCUAUACUGACCAAACAAUAUGAAGAAGUUUUAAAGAAGGUAGAAAGUCUGGAAAAUGAACGAAAGCAGCAUUUAUUGAAGAUUGUAACACUAGAAACAACAAUAGAAGAUAUGCAGAGGAGCUCUCUUCUCUCGGAGAAAUCUUCUUCUAUUGAAAUCAGAAAUGUACCACUAACAUCCGAAACGGAAACUAAAUCAGAUUUGUGCAAUAUUGUCCAGAACACAUGCAAAGUGCUAAAUGUAGCUAUACCUCAUACAGCUAUUAGGGAUGUUUUUCGCAUAAACACAAAGUCCGGUAAAGGUACAAUAAUCGCUGAUCUAACUUCUACCAUAUUAAAAACUGAAAUCAUUCAAAGAGUGAAAUCAUAUAACAAAGAGCACCCAGACCAACGCCUAAAUUCUAAUGUUAUCGGAAUUAAGGGUCAAUCGACCCCAAUUUAUAUAUCUGAAGCACUCACAGCCAAAGGCCGGCGUUUGUUUUUCUUAGCAAGGGACAUAGCAAAAACCAAGGAAUACAAGUUUUGCUGGACAAAAAAUGGAAAAAUAUAUCUUCGCAAGGAUGAACAAGCAGCCCGCAUUGAAGUUAAGGACGAGACGCAACUCACUGCUCUCAGAAACCAACUAUGA